UACCCCACAACUUGUCCUGUGUUGUUUCUUCCCCUAGCCUUCCACUGCCUCGACCCCCAGGGCUUCCAGGGUGGGCUGGAGUCUGGAGAGGGAGUUCGUGCUCUGACGGGUGGGGGUCGUAUCCAAGCCCCUGUGCUGAGGUCUGAGAGUGGAGAGCAAGGCCAGGGCCGUGACGCCAGGGCUGUGGGGAGGCAGGGGCCCGUCUGAGGCUGGAGAAAGCAGGGUUACCUGGAAGGGUGUUGUGGUGCCGACUGGGAGUUGAGAGAACUACUGCUGUAGACUCGGGAGGGGAAUGUGGGGUGCGGACAAGGUUUUGGGGGUUUCCCUUGUCAGAGCCUGGCCCCUGGCAUCCCUGCUUGCCAAGGGCCCUGCCCCUCGGCUCAGGGUUACUGGGACACUUCCAGCUUCCCAAGCCAAGGAGAAUCCUGUCCCCUGCAACUGGGGACCCUGCCCCUGGGUUCUGCCCAUCUGGCUCCUUCCAGGUCCUGGCUUCUGUCACAGGGUCAGCCAGGUCCAGGCUGUGGGGGACCUGGUUUCUGACCCAGCAGUCCUGGGAAUGGAUAAGAGGAGGUGAGGGAUGAGGUGGUGGCUCAGCUCUGGGCACCUGACUGGUGCUCCUGGGCUUGCCCUGCUGUGUGCAGGCAAGCUGGUCACUUCUCUGCUGGCUGUGGCAACUUGGGCUCCAGAGGAAUUGCUCAGGAGAGAGAUUCUGGCUCCACAGGAUGAAGAGGUCAGGGCUUGGGCCUCUCCUGUCCAGGAAGUGCAAAGUGACAGGAAGGCAAGAGUACCUGGAGUUCUUCCGGGCACUGCCGCCUUCCCAGGCAUUUGGCCAGACUGGCUUUUCUGGCCCUGCAGGCUCGGGAUAGGUAGUGUGCCGUGCCACUCUGUGAGGAUGAGGGCCCGUGGGGCAGAGAGGCCUGGCCAGGCCAGUCCUGGGAAACAUGAGGCUUGGAGACACACACACACGCACAGCCAGUCCUGGGAAACAUGAGGCUUGGAGACACACACACACACACACACACACACACACGGCUCCAGGCACCCAUGUCACCACUUUUCCUGAGGUACCAGGACAUAGGAACCCUGUGGCCUAGUGUUGAGGGGAGAAGCACCUCAGAAUAGCUAGGACCCAGAAAGCCAACCCCAAUAAUGGCCGUCACUUGCAAGAUUGCUGGGGAGGUGGUAGGGGCCCCACUUUUGCCUCAGCUCCACCCCAGACUGCCUGAGCUCAGAGGUGGUGAGUCUUCCAGUAACCCCACCCCCAGAUGUCUGGCUGGGUUUUGGAAUGCGAUGAGGACAACCCAGUCCCAGCCCCAACCCAAUUGCUCUUUUAGGGCUGAAUCAGGCAAGGCUUCAGUUCAGCUCGGGGCUGGGCCAGAUUUUUGGACCCCACUGAGUCCUCUUCAGGGCUGUCCACACCUGCCUGGGGUCUCCCUACCCAGAGGGAUUGGAGGUCAGGAUCAAGGGCUUUUCUGCUCCUCCCUCUGCAUGUCUGCUGUCACCCAGGUGGUUUCCCCUGUCCCAGGGCCUGGGUGGGCAGAACAGUCAGUAGAUGCUUGCACUUCAGGCUAGCUGCUCUGCCAGCACCCUGGGCAGGAGAGCCCUUCACAAGCCCAGCAGGCACCACGCCUGGAGACACCUCCAGGUGCUCUCCACCCCCCACCCCACCCCCACGCACAGAGCACGCACACAUACCACCACACCCAUCCCUGGAUCUGCUUCUAGGUCAGGCUUGGGUGCCACUUCCCCAGAGGAACUGUGGCAGGUUCUAGAGGCUGGGCAGAGCACCUGGCGUGUGCGACCAUGGCUGGAGGCAUGUGGGGCCAGAGCCAGGCCCAGAGGGUCCCUGUAGGGGCCCUAACCCUGACAGCUCUGGCUGAAGGCAUCCGAUCCAGCCAGGGUGAACGUCUGGGACCCUAUCCCAUGGGCCUUCAGCCUGAGCCGGGGCUUGACUGUGAGGCAGACCCUGGGAGUGCAGCCGCCAUCCUCAGAGCCAGUGAUGAGCCCUGCUCCCUGCCAGCCCCAGAGGGGCCUCACCAGGCCCCCCAAAGCUCCUGGGAGGACGGGGCUCUUGCCGACCUGGCAUUGUACACAGCUGACUGCCUGGAAGACACUGGUUUUGUGGGGACCCAGGCGACAGCACUCACCCUGUCUUCAACCCUGGAGGCCCGGGGGGAGUGGCUGGAGGACCAGGUGCACGCUCUUGUGCGAGGGCUGCUGGCACAGGUGCCCAGCCUGGCUGAGGGGAGGCCCCGGCGGGCAGCCCUGCGGGUGCUGAGUACACUGGCCCUGGAGCAUGCGCGGGACGUGGUGGGUGCGCUGCUGCGGUACUCACUGCCCCAAGACCGGGUGGUGGCUGACCUAUGGCGCAGCCUGAGCCGGAACCAGCGUGUGAAUGGGCAGGUACUGGUGCAGCUGCUGUGGGUGCUGAAGGGCGUGGCUGGGCCCCAGCUGGAGGCAAUGGCGGCCACUCGUGCUCUUGGGGAGAUGUUGUCCGUGUCUGGCUGCGUGGGCGCUAUACGGGGCUUCUACCCACACCUCCUGCUGGUGCUGGUCACACAGCUGCACCAGCUGGCCCGGGAUGCAUGCUGCCCGGACACCCCCAAGGUUUGGGCCCUGUCCCACCAAGGGCCACCACACAGCCGUGCCAGCUGCACCGUGGAGGCCUUGAAAGCCCUGCUCACCGGGGACGGCAGCCGCAUGGUGGUCACGUGCAUGGAGCAGGCUGGAGGCUGGAGGAAGCUGGCGGGAGCCCACACCCACCUGGAGGGUGUCCUGCUUUUGGCCAGUGCCUUGGUGGCCCAUGCCGAUCACCACCUGCGAGGCCUGUUCGCUGACCUCCUGCCCCAGCUGCGCUGCACAGAUGACACUCAGCGCCUCACAGCUAUGGCCUUCUUUACUGGGCUGUUGCAGAGCCGACCCACGGCAGGGCUCCUACGGGAGGAGGUCAUCCUGGAGCGGCUCCGCGCCUGGCAGAGCGACCCUGAGCCCGCAACGCGCUGGCUGGGCCUGCUGGGCCUGGGCCACAUGGCGCUGAGCAGGAAGAAGGUGCGGCAUAGGAGCACGUUGCUGCCCACACUCCUGGGCGCCCUGGGCGAUGGUGACACGCGCCUCGUGAGUGCCGCACUGGGCGCCCUGCGGAGACUCCUGCUGCGGCCGCGGCCACCGGUGCGGCUCCUGACCGCGGAGCUGGGGCCCAGGCUCCUGCCGCUCCUGGACGACGCCAGGGACGCAGUGCGGGCCUCGGCGGUCGGGCUCCUCGGGACCCUGGUGCGACGAGGCUGCGGCGGGCUUCGGGUGGGGCUCCGCGGCCCUUUGCGGAAGCUGGUGCUGCAGAGUCUCGUGCCACUGCUCUUACGCCUGCACGACCCCAGCCAGGAAGCUGCUGAGAGUUCAGAAUGGACCCUGGCCCGCUGUGACCAGGCCCUGCGCUGGGGCCUGCUGGAGGAGAUGGUCAUGGUGGCUCACUAUGACAGCCCUGAGGCUCUCAGCCGUAUCUGCUGCUGCCUGGUUCAGUGGUACCCAAGUCAUGUGCCCAGCUUCCUAAGCCAGACCCAGGGCUACCUGCGGAGCCCACAGGACCCCCUUCGUCGGGCAGCUGCCAUGCUCAUAGGCUUCCUCGUCCAUCACAUGAGCCCCAGCCAUGCCAACCAGGUUCUGCUGGACUCACUGCUUGAGGACCUGGGGCAGCUGCAGAGUGACCUCCAGCCUGCUGUGGUUGCAGUAGCACAGGUGUCUGCCCAGCAGGUGGAGCUGGCAGCCUGCGAGCCGGCCAGCCCCCAGGGCCCCCGCCUUCCCUGCCUGGGCCAAGAGUGUACCUGCCCUGCCCGGCCCCCACCAGUCUACACUGACAGUCCCUUCCGGCCCCGAAGCCUCAAGUGUCGCUGGGACUGCUCUGGACCUGGCUGAGCCUGCCCUGUGUGUGCCCUCCAGGUUGGGGGCUGGGCCCAGCCCUGUGAGGGCAGGGGGCCUGAGUUGGGCACCCCACUGCUCUGUGGCCAUCCUGGCAGAGGCAGAUCUGCAGAAGAGUCUCCAUGUGAGGGGCACCCUGGGCCUGGCACUCCAUGCCAGGGCCACCCCCUAAAGCCAUUUGCAGGACCUGGUGCACACAAAGACCCCCCUCCAGGAGCUUUACUGUCCCUAGGUGACGGCUGUGUACCUAUGAGCUGGUGCUGUGAUUGGCUGCCUACUUCCUGGGCUUCCCGUGGCAGCCUGGCCCAGGUUCCCCUGCCUACCAGGGCCCUCUUGACUUCCCCAGCAGCCCAUCACUCCCCCACCCCAUCCUGUUUCCCACUUCUCACUGGCCUGUGUCCUCUCUGCUCAGGAGGCAUUGACCUGUCCUUCUGUCCACACCUGCCACCCCCUCAGCUUGGCACUGUUCUGUGCUCUCAGCUCCUGCCCAUUGCUGGGCCCACCUGAGCCUUCUCCAGAAAGCAUCCCCUGACCUCGCUGGCAUACCACAGGCCUGGGAUUAUACCUGUGGGUUCUGGUGUGGGGUGCCGUCAUGUGCACCCCCGCCAGACUGUGCUCUAUUCAGGAUUGAAUGAGGUAGGCGAGACUGGCCAUAUAGGGAAGAACCCGCUGGAAACCUCAGAAGCCGUGACUGAGCCCCUGUAGGCCUUAAUCAGGUUCCUCUACUUAGAAUGUCUACCUUGAAAUGUCUUCUUGCCCUUCAAGGGCCCCCCCACCAAAGCCGCCUACUCAGAGUGGCCUUGACUCACAUAGCCUCUUGGUGGGCUGGGGGCAGCCCCCAGACCGGGGACCCCUUGGAGGCAGGCAUGGGGUCCUAGUCACCCUAGGCUUAAAAUAUGGUUUAAGGUGCACACAUGUGGAUCAAUGGGGUGUGGCAUCUCUCUGACACCUGGGACCAGGCCAAGGAUGCAGUUCUGAUCGAGUCUAGUCAGCCUGUGGCCAGAAGGGUCAGCCUGGGGGUGAGGUUAGGAGUCAGGCAGACUCAGGGUUCAGGCUGUGGCCAAGGUCAGGCAGGGUUCACCCGGAGACAGAAGAGGCCAGUGCUGUGUCCCUCACACACUGAACAGGCGGAGCCUGGGGGUCCUGUCCCCCAGAAGCUGCCCUUGCCCCCGUGGCGCUGCUGCAGCCCUGCGUUUUGCUGAGCCUUUCCGGCCUGUGGGAGUUAGGGGGCGGGGGGUGAGGGACUGGGCCAUCUGCCCCACCUGCAGAGAGCCCAUCUGUGGAAACUUCCUGUCGGGGGGCUGUGAGCAGAGUGGCCUCCCUUUCUCUGCAAGGCCCUCCCGCCUUCAUCUUGAUACUCUCAAGGCACUGGUGGUCCUAGAACCCGAGGGCCAGUAGUCCCAUCCACCAAAUAGGGCUUGGGUAGGGCGGACCAGGGCCUGCCCGAUCUCCUGGCCUCCAGGGUAGUGCCUCAGGCAGCAGAAGCUGCGCUGGCAUUCUCGCUUGUUCGUUUCCUGAGACAGGGCCGCUCCAGACCCCUUCACCUUGGUUUCGCCCUUGAAGCCACCCUACCGAGGGUUCCCAAAGGAGGACUAUGGGCCCUGGAGAAGACAGAUAGCGAUCUUCUUUCAUCACUGUGCUGGUGGCGAUUUCCAGGUGGGGUUCUGUAACCUGGAUCUGGGAUGUUUGGGGCACACUGUCUUCUGUUUUAGUGUUAAUUUUACUGCUGGGCGUGGACCCUGCGUUUUCUUAGGGAUUAAUGUCCCAGCCUCAGCCGAGCUUACUAUUCUUGCUCUUCUAAGAAAGUUCUAAAGCCGCACGCUAGUGGUGUGCCACGCUGAGGCCUGCAGCUUCCUCCACCAGCUGGCGGAUGGGAGACCACAGCUGCUACCAAGAAAAGGCAAAUUUCUCCUGGCUGUUCAAGCUCCCGGAAAUGAGAAAACUGCCUGGCUAAACAUCUCUCCCUAUAUAUGGGGCAUUUCCCCAUGGGCUGCUGAGGCCCUGGAUUUGCACUGAGGUGGAGUCCCUACAAGUGCUCUGAGACCUGCGGAACACCCAGAGACCUGCAGCCUGGAGGCAGGAGGGCCUCCCCUCCCUUGAGGCUCUGAGCUCAGCAGAUGUGAGACCGAAGGCUAGUGUCCCUGCUUCCCCAUGCUCCCCAACCCACCAUGGGACUGUGGGGGCUGUCUGCUGUCAGCUACACCCACUCUAGCCCCUCUGCAGCCCCCUCAGGCAGCAUGUUCUCAAGUUUCCCGAGGCAGUUAGAGACCCAUCCUAGCGGGCUUGCCUGGCCAUUCUUGCACAGGCCAGCAUGCUGGGGAGGGGCCCGGCCACGUGGCUGGUCAUUUUUGAGUAGCCAGGUCCAAGUGCAGGGCAGGCUCCCCUUGCUCCAAGGCACAGCAGGAGUGAGGCCAUGGGGGAGAUGUCUGCUCUUGCCCCCAUGUCCCUCCCUACUCCUAUGUGAGCAUAGUCCCCACCCCUGCCCCCUAUCCCAAAUCUAGGGCCCCUCAAAAACUCAGUGACCCAUCUUUCCUGUAUAUCACAUUUAUUGACCUGAUCCAACUCCCGGGCCCCAUGGUAAACUGGGCCGUAUGGCUGGGUUGGGCUUUUGCCUUCCCAGGACUGGCAGUUGGGUGGGCAUGAACUACGUACCACCUGGAGAGCUGCCCAGGUGUGCCAUCUAGCAGAGGUAGCUCAGCUCCAACAGCAGCGACAGGCAGGCAUAGAGUGCACAUGUGCGGCCUUGGGCCUCCGGUUCCCAGAACACCUGGGGGGCGCCCACCUGCAGCUCUAGGCCACACUCCUCCAGCAGGACCCAGGCGGGCCCCUCUGAGCCCCAGCUGCUCCCCAGGAACUUGGGCAGCAGGUAUAUGGCCCUGUGUUCCUGCCAGGGGCUGCUCUGCUCCAGAAGGCUCCCCACCUGUCAGGACAGGGUGGGAGGUUGACAGUGCAGGCUGUCCACCCCCACAUCCAGUGCCCACCAGCCCCCAUGCUCCUGGGGCCCCACACCGCAGGCCCAGCCCCCUCCGCUACCACCUGCACCCUCUCACCAGCUUGACCUGCCCAGGCAGGGCCCCUGCCUGCAGCUCCUCGGCCAGCAGCAUAUGCUGGGUUUCAUUCAGCACUGGGGAGACACCUCAGGUAAGGGGGGUCCAGACAGCAUGGCUGGGGAAGCCCAUAUCCCUGCCCUCUACCUGCCCCACCCGCAGGGGCCCCUCACCAUCCAGUGCUUCCAGCAGGUAGAGGAUGGGGCCGGCGAGUUCUUUCUCUAGCUCUCCGGAGGACAGCACCAGGCACUCGAGGAUAAUGCCUGCGGGCCCAUCCGGAGGCUCCAUCCUCCCACAGCACAGGCCCUGUUCCAGCUGGGACACAGGAGGCUGGUGAGCCUGUUUGGCCAGGCAUGGGCUCCCCCUGCCUCUCACCCUCACCCCAGCUUGCUCACCGACUCCUGCAGGACUUGCAGGGCCAGCUCUUCCCUCAGCACCUGCCUCAGGCCCCCCAGCAGCUGCCUGGACACCUCCUUGGACAAGCUCUCCAGGCCCUUGGCCUGGCACUCGACCUCUGCCUUCAGGCCCUGGAAUUCAGUGGCUGCCAACCAGUCCUUGUAGGUCCCAUCUGUGGGGACAGAAGAGCCCUGGUCAGGAAGCGCAGACCCCCAGGGAGCAAAAGGGGAGCCCACUAGAGGUUCCAGGGGUGGACAAGAAGGUACUGACCUGACAGGAUCCCGAGGUCACUAUGGAAGGACGCUAUCAUGGAGAAAGAACAGAAGUAAUGUGGGUGGCCCCUUACACGGCCGGAAGGCUUGAGGGCUGUCUGGGGCAGGAUUAGUCAGGGUGCAUGUGGAUCCCCAAAGCUGAGUGGGCUGAGGCCUUCCCUGGGCCCUCACACUCCAUCACCCGCCCCACCACUGGCAGCCACAGACAGGGAGUGGGGCCUUGCUGGGCUGGUGUCAGCCUGUUGCUCUGUGGCUCCCACAUGUGCAUGUGUACAUGUGUAUCUGUGCACAUGUAUGUGUAUAUACGGGCAUGUGUGUGCGUCUGUGUGCACGUGUGUAUUUGUAUGUGCACAUGCAUGUGUAUAUGGGCCUGUGUGCACAUAUGCAUGUGUGCUCCACGCCCAUCCCUCAGGGGUCUCCCAGCGCAAGCAAAGCCUGAGGUUGCCAGUGUGCUCAUGCAUCCUCCCAGCCGGGCAGAGUCCACAGGCCUUACCCUCCUGGGGUGGCUUGAAGGUCUUCUGCUUCUUGUCGGGGAAGAGGAGGAUAUCUGGCAGCCAAGCAGGAGCAGAGAUGGGGAAGGCAGGUCAGCUAGGCCAAGGGGCUCCCAGCCUCUCUCUUACCCACUGAGGCUACCCCUCACAGUUCCCCAAGUGUUCCCCAGGGUGCCCCAACUCCCCAUAUGCCAGAGCAUAGGACCCGACCCAGGGAGCUGUGCAGCCAGGUGCCUGCAGCACCCCCAGCCCACCAGUGGCCCUUUCCAAGCCUCCUGGUCUCUACCACAGAGGCUAGGCCCCAAAAUUCCCCCCAAACCCAGCUCACCCCAGUCAGAGCCAAUAACCAGCUGGGCCACCUGGAAUGCAAGGAUGCUGCCUGAGGGUAUGGUAACCGUCUUCUUCCUGCUCAGGUGGCCCUGGCCCUUGCCCUGAGGAAUGGAUAUGGGCUCACGACUGGGCCCUGGGUUGUGGAGCAAGGAGUGGGCUGAGUGCUGGUAGCAGGGGUCUGGCACUCCUGCACUCUGGGGCCACAGCCCUCCUACCUCCUGGAGCCCUGCCUACCACAUGGUCCACACAACACACCUGCAAGCACACAGCUCCAGGCAGGGCAAACUGGCCCGAGCCCUCGUGCCUGUGGGUCCGGGUGACCUCCACCUCCGUUUGCAUCUGCAGCACCUCCGUCACCACAAACACGUUGUCCCCACGGUGCCGCAGCUGCUGCAGGACCUUGUGUUCGGGCUGCCGCAGCCGCCUGUACAAAUGGGCGGCCAGGAUGCUCACUGGCACACCUGGCCCUGGGCCAGAGGGCUGGUGUCCCUUCCAGGGACCUCAGCCUUAUGCACAGCAGGAGAUGCAGCCGAGAAAACCAGGGGCUCUGUGGAUACUCAGUCACAGAGCACCUGGCAUUCCCUCCCCAGGUACUCCUGACAGUGUUUGAGGGUGCGUGGGAUGUGAGGAGGAGGGAUGAGGUCCAGCAGGAAUAAGUGGACACCUGUCGGCCCCCAGAGGGGCCCAGGCCCUCAGCUAGCUGCUCUGCAGAUUGCUUUCUCCCUCCACUCCCUGCCCCUCCCGAAUUCAAAUUUAAAGUUUCCUUGCCAGUGUCCCUGUUGUGGGCUCCAUGUCACCUCAGCAGCCCAGCCUCCUUGCAGUGGCUUGGGGCUAGGUCUGACCCAGUCCCCCAGCCCUCAGGAUGCAGGCCCCAGUGAGCUCUGCACCCUCCUUCCCCACCACCCAGCCCCAGCACACCUUUGCCUCUGCAGCUUCCCUCCUCCUGUUGGGCCCUCGGCCUGAUGCCCCAUGGCUGUGGCCCAGUGCCUGCUCAGGGGCAGCAGGGCCCCACCCCCUCAGAGCUCACCUCUCUUGGUGCAUGACGUCCCAAGUGUUGGGGGCCACUCGGAGCAUGCACACAUUCAUUGAGGCACUGGAGCUUCCAGACACUGCAGCUUCGCCUGCAAACCGCCCCUGCCCUGCGGCUGUGAGCUCCACACUGCCCUUCAGCUGCCCGUCCAUGGCGUCGUGGAAAUGGAAGGGGCCAUCGGGCUCCACAGCUGGAGCAAGACCAGAGCUGAGGCCCUGUCUUACUGGCUGUGGCCUGUCCUACCUGGGCAGAGGGACUUUUGAAAAGGCCCUGCCUGCUGAGGAAGAGGAAGCAGAGAGCCCAGAGGCCCGGAGCAGGCGGCAGGCUGGCCUACCAGCUCCCCUCCCACCCGGGGGCUCUGAUUCAGGGCUAGACAGGGUACCUGGUUCCGGUGCAUCAGGUUCCAGGAUAUCCUUGAUGGACAGGUUGAGACACACAAAGCGGCGUUUCCAGAACCAUGAACUUGAGCACUUCCUGCUCAACAGGCAGUAGAGCUGGAAGCUGGUGGAGCUCCGCAGGCUGUCUACAGGGAUGAGCUCCCUGCUGUGGUCCAGCUCCUGGACUAUACUCUUGACCACCCUCUCAAAGGCUGAUGUCAUGUUCCUGAGGAGGGCCGGUGGGUCAGGCAUUUGGCUCUCAGGGCUGGAGGCGCAGGGGUAGGGGGAACAGCCACUGCUUGGAUGCCUCCAGUGAUGGGGAGAUGUUUCCUCCAAAGCGACUCACUCACCCUGGCCAGUCCUGGGAUGAUCUGACUUGCAGAAACCUCCAGCUCCUGACCUUUACUCUACACAGAGGGGCACAGUGUCCACCCUGUCACCCCUUCCCCACUGCCCCCCGCUCACCCAUCUCUCCAUGGGGCCCUGAGCACCCCAGGGCUGGGAUGUCAUUCACAGCCUCCCGUGGGACUCAGGCCACCCACACCAGCAAAGCCCAAGAAAGCUUUGAGACACUCAGCACUGGCAGGGAAGACAGCCCUCAGCCACCCUCUGAGGCCUCCAUCGCUUUGUCCUGCAGGGCUUCAGGCCAUCGUGGGAAGCAGCCACCAAGAGAGGGCAGGGCAAGGCGGGGGCCUCGGCCGCAGCAGCUGCCUCCCUGGCUGAGGUGUUCUGGGUAUGGGAAGAACCACCGGCCACCAACUGCUGGCCACUCGGCAUGGGGGCCACAGCAAGGACCAGGAAGUGUCCCCAGCCCCCAGGCAUGUCCUCUAGGGCUUUCUCUGUGCUCAGAGAUCCACGAGCCUCCAGUUCGAGGCUGAGGCUUCAGUGGCAGAGGCCAAAGAGGGCCUGACCCAGGACACAGAACACCUAGGCCCCAGGCAGAGGAGCCAGUUGGCUGCUGGGGAGGAAGCCUCUGAGGCUCAGUGUUGCUCUGAAAUGGGGCAGUGGGCCAAGGGGCUCCUGAAGGGCUGACCCCACCGCCGAGCCCAAACCCAGAGGGAAUGACGAGGGGGCAGCCUUCCCAGAGGCCUGGGGCUUCCCCAAGCCAUCUGGAAUUUUGGGGAGUCCUGGGAAGGUGCUGAGAUCAGGUCGCUGCUGAGAAGGUCCAGCACCCCCUCUCCCCCAAAGGAGGGGCUCAGUGUUGGAGCGUGUGGUGCAGCUCACCGUGACCGUCCUGCCCCGGCUCCUGUCCACGAUGCGAAGUGAGGCCGCUUAGCCAGUCGAGGGAGCCGCCCAGCCACACACAGGCCUCCGGUGGAAAGUGAAACCAGGCCUGAUGCCGCGGGGCCCAGCGCUCCCGGACACGCCCCUGCGAGCCGCCCACAUCCUCUCCUGGCCUUUCCUACAACUCGCGCCAUGGCUAAGGGGCUGAACAGACCCAUCUCCAAAGACAAGCACAGGGACAGAUGCUCACAUCAGUAGCCGACGGGGAAAUGCAAAUAAAACCUUAGUGAGAUGCAGCUUCGGCCGCCUGCUGGGAUGGCUGGACAGAAGAGAGCCAGCUGUGAGUGCUGGGAGGAUGAGUCGUGGGCCCUGCCCACUGCAGGGGACGCACAGCCAGCGGGGACCGAGUGGUGACUCCUUAGAGUCACCAGAGGCCUCAUCAGUCGCACUCCAGGCAUGUCCUCAAGAGAAAGGAAAGCAUAUGUUCACACAAAGUGUGCCCAUGGAUGUUCAUGCAGCAUUGUUCACACAGCCACAUGGGUGAGGCUAUCCAGGCGUCCCUCAGCCAGGGACAGUAAACAACACAUGGUGAACCCGCACCAGGGAAGACUUUCAGGGCGAGAGAUGAGUCUGCCAUGGCACCGCGUGGCUGGACCUCAACCUGCUCCUCAGAGAAAGAAACUGGACACUAAAGCCCAUAGGUGGCACAACUCACGUGUGUGACACGUUCAGAGCAAACCCAUGGGGACAGAAAGUAGAGGUGAGGGUGCCAGGGGAUGAGGGAGGGGGAGAAGGAGUGACAGCUAAUAGGUACAUGGUGUCUUCUGGGGUGACAGAAACAUUCUGAAAUUGUGUGACCAAAAUCGAUGGCUGCACAACUCUGAAUAUGCUAGAACCUGUGGAUGUUCUGUACUUUAAAUGCAUGGAUGGUAUGGUACAUGGAUUAUAUCUCAAUAAAGCUGUUAUUGGGAAAA